GAUGUGAACCGAUAAAUAUAUUCUGGUUGAUUUUUUUCCCUCUCUUAGUUUAAAAAUAUGGAAGCAGCAAUAAUGAAGGUGAAAGCAAUAGAAGCAACACCAGAAAGCUUCAAAGAGUAUGGCCAAGUUAUAGAAGCUUCAUCAGAUGGUGGAAAAUUCGGUCCUCAAGAUGCCCAAUUGGACCUUGGCCAAGGAAUUCCUAGGUUCUACAUUAUGCGGUUGCAAGACCGGCCGCUCGAGUUCUCGGAUAUUACUCAUCACGCAAGUGUGACUCAGUGCCUUGGUGCUGUAGGAGGUGGAGUUUGGUUUCUGGGAUUGGCUAAGCCAUCAAUUUUGGACUCAAAAGAUGUAAAGGAAGGAGUAGAUGGUAACAAUAAUAGCAUUGUGCAGUCACCUUGUGGCCAUUUUUAUGUGCCACCUUCUGUAGAUGAGGUUCGAGUGUUCCGAAUUUCGGGGUCUAAAUUUGUUAAACUUGACAAGGGAACUUGGCAUGCUGGUCCGUUGUUCACGGAGGAUUCCAUGGAUUUCUACAAUUUGGAAAUGAGCAACACCAAUGUAGUGGAUCAUACAAAACAUGAUUUUAACAAGCAAAAUGGAGUGGUGUUCUCAAUAGAGUAGUUGUAUCAAUUUUUAUCAAAUUAUAUAUAUAGUUUGAGUUUGUAUUCCAAUAAGUUUACUUCAUAAAUAUCACAAUACUUUCUCAGAAAACUGUUCAGCUAUAUAUAUUUAAUUUAGUAAAUCCUAA